AUGAGGACUGAAUUUGAUUUUAAAUCGGUUUUACUGCUUCAGCUGUUUUACUUACUGCAAAAUGUUCGCUCAAAACAUCACUGUUCUACCUGUCGGCAUUCUGAUGAGGAUAGUCAAUCUCAAGAAAAUAACUCUGAUUUAGACGAGAUCCCAGUAGUGAGUAUUGAGUCACCAAUACCGAUCAGCUUCUCUCAAGUGAACCCAAUAUCAAUGACAUUACCACAAAUACUGAUCCCACAGAUGCCCAUACCAUCAAUGACGAUGACGGCAGGCUCAUUUCCAACAUCUUUGUUCCCAGGCCAGAGGCUGGUAUUCUUUCGAAUCCCAUCUUCUUAUGUAAAUGUAAUAAAAGCUAUACUCCCGCCCAACCAUCAGUCAGCUACAACUAAAAGUCCGGCCACAACUACUACCAGUACUGAACCACAAUUACUAAGUAAAACUGAUCCUCCCAUAAUUACUAUGAGUACCGAGGCCACAACUACAACAACCACAACCACACCUACAACCUUGAAACCAAAAAAAGAUGAAGAAGUCUUGACGCAUGUACCUGCUCUUAGAUUUAAAAAUGAAAGCAUCGAAUUAGAAAAUGUAGGAGAUUUAAACACUUCAAGGACUAAAACAGAAAAAGAAGAAGGUAUAUUGGACUCAGUCCUCCAAAAUAUCAUGAAUGAAUUUUCUGAACGUCUUUUAAAUACGAGUUUAACGGAAGAGAAUAAUAAAGAUUUUAAUGGACGUCGACGUAUGAUGACAACUUCAAUAAGAAAAACCAAACCGAUAUCAAUCAUAUCUCAGCUUAGAAUUCUUCCAAUACCUGAUAAUAUGGCAAAAGCACUUUUGUCACAUUUACGAACAGUGAAGCAUAUCCCUACAGCCAGAAAAAAAAGAGCUGCUAAAUUGAAUUUGAAAUAG